AUGGCCAAUAUUGCAUCUGCUCUCCUAAUUCUUCUGCUUGCCGCUCCAGCAGCAUUUGCUGCUACAACGUACACUGUUGGUGACACGUCGGGCUGGAACACGUUCGGGGAUUACACCACUUGGGCUUCUGGUAAAACAUUUACAGUUGGUGAUUCUCUUGUGGCUGAAGUAUCGAAAGCCGACUACGAUAGUUGCAGCACAAGCAAUCUCGGGAAAACCUAUUCUGAUGGAAGCUCAACAGUACCCUUGUCCAAGGUUGGGGCAAUGUAUUUCAUUUGUUCUACACUUGGUCAUUGUGGUAGUGGAAUGAAGCUAGCAGUCAAUGUUGUGGCAGCCAGUGGCACCCCAAGUACCCCCACCACACCUACCUCUCCAUCCGACGGCGGUUCAACUACUCCAUCAACUCCAUCUGACUCGCCACCUACCACCCCAUCAACCCCGGUCACACCACCACCACCAAAGCCUAGUGGAGCCACCAGCAUUUUUUAUAACAUGAUGCUUGGUGUCUUGCUUGCAUUAGGAACAACUGUUGCGUUGAUGGGCUAG